UCUCACGAACGAGUCGGCAAAAGAGCAAUAACACGACAGAGUGCCUAGGCCCGACAAAACAAAGGACAGAUAGUGAAGGACAAGGACCAGUUCAGCGAUUUUAAAACAUUUCCCCAGUGCGAAAAGGAACAUUUCUAAGGACCGCCAUAUAGAUACAUUGUUUUGAAAUAUGCUUCUUAGCAAAGUGGCCUUGACUCCAGCCGUCCGCGGCACGGUCAUUCGCUUUUCACCAGCAGUCUCCGGGGUUCAACGUGUGGUCGGCGCCGCUGCGAUACAGAAUGCCCGUCUAUAUGCCAGCCAAGCUGCCGAGGCGGUGUUGGAGAAGACUGAGGUUGGCACUGCUACAGCAGCGAAGGCCCGUGCCGAGAGGAAGACCCAGACAGCAGAGUCAAAGUCUUUUGCUGUGAACAUGUUUAAAGGCCAGAUCAGCACAGAACAGGUCUUUCCAUUUCCCUCAGUGUUGAAUGAGGAGCAGAGUCAGUUCCUGCAGGAGUUGGUUCCUCCAGUUUCCAAAUUCUUUCACGAGGUGAAUGACCCGAUGAAGAACGACGCCCUAGAGAAGGUGGAGGACCACACUAUGGAGGGGCUGAAGGAGAUGGGGGCCUUCGGCCUGCAGGUGCCCGCUGAGCUGGGUGGCCUUGGACUCAACAACACUCAGUAUGCUAGACUGGUGGAGAUUGUGGGAAUGCAUGACCUUGGCGUUGGCAUCACACUGGGGGCCCAUCAGUCUAUUGGCUUUAAGGGUAUUCUGCUGUUUGGCAACCAGGCACAGAGAGAGAAGUACCUACCCAAACUGGCAUCUGGUGAGACUAUGGCGGCGUUUUGUCUGACAGAACCAGCGAGUGGUUCUGAUGCUGCCUCCAUUAAGACCACAGCUGUGCGUUCCCCCUGCGGUCAGUACUACACACUCAAUGGAGGAAAGAUCUGGAUCAGUAAUGGAGGUCUAGCGGAGAUCUUCACCGUGUUCGCAAAGACUCCCAUGAAGGAUGAGAAGACAGGAGAAAUGAAAGACAAAAUCACAGCCUUCAUCGUGGAGAGGAGCUUUGGAGGAGUAACACAUGGUCCUCCGGAGAAGAAGAUGGGGAUUAAAGCGUCUAAUACGGCAGAGGUGUACUUUGAGAAUGUGCGGGUGCCUGCGGACUGUGUUCUGGGAGAAGUGGGCGGCGGUUUUAAAGUGGCCAUGAACAUUCUGAAUAACGGGAGGUUUGGAAUGGCCGCCGCCUUGUCUGGAACCAUGAAAGGAGUCAUCGGCAAGGCUGUUGACCACGCUGCGAACAGAACCCAGUUUGGUAGCAAGAUUCACACAUAUGGAGCCAUACAGGAGAAAAUGGCCCGAAUGGCCAUGCUGCAUUAUGUUACCGAGUCUAUGGCGUAUAUGAUCAGUGGGAACAUGGACAGUGGUGCCAAAGAGUUCCAGAUUGAAGCUGCCAUCAGCAAGAUCUUUGCCUCGGAGGCAGCAUGGACAGUAACAGAUGAAUGCAUCCAAGUCAUGGGCGGAAUGGGUUUCAUGAAGGACUCCGGUGUAGAAAGGGUGAUGAGGGAUUUGAGAAUUUUCCGGAUCUUUGAGGGGACCAAUGACAUCCUCAGACUGUUUGUUGCCCUCAAUGGCUUCCAGAAUGCAGGUAAUCACCUGAAGAGUUUGCAGAAGGCUCUGAAGAACCCACUGGGUAAUGCUGGACUCCUGGCAGGAGAAGUGAGCAAGAGAGCCAGGAGGAGGGCAGGUCUUAGUACCGGUCUAACUCUACAGGGGUCUGUGCAUCCUGAAUUGUCUCCGAGUGGAGAUUUGGCAGUGAAGGCCAUCGAGACCUUCGGUGUCACCAUUGAAGACCUCCUGCUCAAACAUGGCAAAAAGAUCAUCAACGAGCAAUUUGUGCUGAAGAGAGUGGCAGAUAGUGCUAUCGACCUGUACGCCAUGGUGGUUGUCCUGUCCAGGGCUUCCCGCUCUCUGAGCCAGGGGCUCCCUUCUGCUCAGCAUGAGAAAAUCCUGGCUGAGACCUGGUGUAUGGAGGCCUAUGACAGGAUCAUGCAGAAUGCCAAGGCUCUGAGGUCCAGCUCUAGCCCCAGGCUCUUUAAGAACAUGAAGGAGAUCUCCAUGUCUGUGGUGGAUAAUGGAGGAGUGGUAGCGCCCCACCCUCUGGGCUUUUAAAGACACACACACACAACACACACACACACACACACACAGAGUGCAGAACUAGAACUCAUGUAAAACACUGGGUAGAGAGCCUGUAGUGGGAGUGAGUGCUGUGUACUAGUGAAACAGAGAGACUUUCAGAGAUGCCAGGACUCUUGCUGUGCCCUGAUGAUUGCUGAAGCCUUACACACCCUCACCUGAUUCUCUGUCUUCUGUGUGUAUCACACACCUGCCUCUACCUCAUCAGUGUUCCGUGUCCAUAAUCACUGUCCUGUCGUCCUUACACAGACUGUGAGUGAGACACCCACAUUCCCACUGUCGAUUUGUUCAUUUGUCGAUCUGUCAUGUUUGUAUCAUAAGUACUCUCUCUCCAGUCAGUACAUAAGUACUCUCUCUACAGUCAGUACAAAGGUACUCUCUCUCCAGUCAGUACAUAAAUAAUCUCUCUCCAGUCAGUACAUAAGUACUCUCUCUACAGUCAGUACAUAAAUACUCUCUCUCCAGUCAGU